AUGUAUUCAAAAAUAUUAUUGUUUUUUUCCAUUUAUUUAGCUAUAAUUUUGACCAUCAUUCAGGCCAAAAAUGAUACUAAUACUACUACUGAUCCUCAUCAUACGUUUCUUGGCGGAUGGCAUCCAUUGAAUGUCAGUGAUGAAGGGUUUAAUAUAACAUUGCAUAAAAUUGAACCACAAAUAAAUGGUCGAAUGAAUCAAACACAUCUUUAUCGAAUUGUAGGGGCUAUAAAAGCUCAAUAUGCAGUUGCUGGCGGAAUUGACUAUAAAGCAACCAUAGCAAUUGGUGAAACUAAUUGUAACAAAUCAGAAAUUAAAAAUAUUAAAAAUUGUAAGAUUAUAACGGGCAGAAGUUAUCCAGAAUGUGAAGUCCAAAUGUGGACCGUACCUUGGAAUGAUUUGUAUGAAUUAACGAAUUUACAUUGUGAUAGUAAUAUCACUGAUUAUAACACCGGUUAUAACACCGGUUUUAUAAGUGGGUAA